CGCCAGCGCUCACGCAUGGAUAAAGGAUUUAGAAAAUAGAACAAUGACAAACUGGACAGACGAAGGGAGGAUAGAGUUGGCCAAGCAAUAUGCAUUGGACAGUGCAUAUACUCAUAUGACACACUGUGCAACGCAACAUAAAAAUGAUUGGGAUGAUGUGAGAAAAGCAUUCCCUGAUAUUUAUCCAGAGGAUAGAUCGCUUCCAAGCCUGAUCAGUGAAUUGUCAUCAGUAACUCGACAGCCCAGAGAAACCAUAACAGAGCUCUAUAUCAGAGUAGAAGGGAUUGUGGCAAAAUUAGACAGCAUAAAACCCACAGACUGUGGGGCUAUGCAUGGGAUACGUUCAAGCCUGGGAUGUACCCCAAAGCUCACCUCCUCAACAAGGGAUGAGUUUCUCCCAAGACCAUCAACUACUUGUAACUGGACAAGCUUAUGUGGUGCCUUUUUCUCCUAUGGUUAUUCAACCUUAUCCCUUACUACUCCCAUUGCCUUCUCAUCCUGGGAACAUUCUGUUAUUGUGAAUACCACUAAUAUCAGCAUUCCCGACAGUUUUGGUCUUGAGCCCUGGUCUGUCCCAAAAUAUAUUGCACAUAUGCAGCCGCUGGCGAAACAGUCCCCUCCUACGGCACUCGACUGGCACAACGGGAAGGACUGGCUCUGGAUCCUAUUACCUAUUGGGGUCAUCGCGGCCGGCCUGGUGGCCUACCGCAUCUACCGACCCUGUGCACUCUUUGGCUUGGCACAGGCUGCGCCAGCCCAGGUGACUGUCAGCACACAACGCAAGCUCAAUCCAGAGGACACCGCUUAUCACGCAUGCCCUCACCACUAG